UUUUUUUGCCAGGAAUCCGAGGUUUCCGUAGCCAUGGAGUUCUGUAAACAAUCUAGAAGUGUUGAUCUCCUCGUUCAGUCUGGCAGUAAACGGUUGUUCGGAUUUCACGCGAUGUUGAAGCAACUCACUGUGUGAUCCGCCACCAAGACACACUUGAGUGAUACUUUAACAAGGCAUGUAGGUCUCUGAUGCCUCGGUCUGGCAGUUUCUCUCGAUCUCACAGCCCAUGCAGCAAUACAAAUGUCAGCUCGCAAAACAGCUGGACCUUGCUUCUGUAGGUGUGCAUAUAAUCAUCCCCCCGCCAAUGUAUUCCCACUUUCACACCUACACCUUUACCCAAGUAUCCACCCUGACAGCGCGACCAGGUCAGCUCAGCCUAACUGCUUCUUCUCCUUUCUUCACGCCCGAAGCUCCUUCCCAAGGUCAUCGCGCCGUGUGCACGUGCGCAGCCACUAAAACCCCAAAAUCAAGACGCUUGCCUCAUCACCAAACUCAAACCCACAAGCUUUCAAGCUUUCAGCACUACAGGCUGCACAAAGGCGCACAAGACAACGACGAGCCACAGCGCUGUGCGAAUAAACAAAUACGAGCGGGGAGGAGCGGAAACCACGCCACAGUGUCAGCCCACAAGGAACUUCGCUUCUUCGCUCGGCAUGCGUCGCCGUUAGUCAUGCCAUGGACGGUGGACAGGGCACGAUUUUCGCCAUGCAUCAGCCCACCGUGAUCCCAUCGGGAGCCCACCGCGACUUGGACACGUCCACUCCAUGUUCCGCGAUGACGCACAGCAGGAGUAGCCGAGGAGAAGAGAGGGUG